AUGAUGUUCUACAACAUUGUUUUUAUCAUUCUUGUUAUUAUUAUAGCUAGUUUGGAUGGUAAACCAACAGGAUUACUUAAAAAUGGACCAGAACGUUGUUGUAUAUCGAAAAAAUAUACUUCAAAAGUAAGUGCAUCUGUUAGUCUUGCUUUACGUGAUGGCCAAACAUACCGUUCAAAUUCAAAUUAUAAUCUAAGAUAUGAUGCAAAUCGUGGUAUGAUUGGAAUGAAAGAUGUAUCAAUAACAUUAUCUGGUCAACAAAAAAAAUCAAAUAGGUGGAUUAUCGAAAAUAUGAAUGAUAAACUAAUGUAUACAAUUGAUCAAGAUUUAAAAACAUGUGUUAAAUGA